AUGCGAUGCGCUGGCUGGCUGGAGAUGCUGGACCAGCCCGAGACGCGGCUCUUUCCUUCUACCACGUCUGAAGACCACAACUCGGCCCUGAGGGAAUAUAUCGUUGCCUUAUCUUCUGCAUCGACCGAAGCUCAUAAUCCGUCCAAGAUGACACGAGAUAGCCCUGUCUUCGGCGAAAGACUGCUGCCCACACUCAUCGACGAGAUCGCCACAACUACUCCGAACCGUGUCUAUGCUUCAAUUCCUAGAGACGAUGCCGACAUGUCCAAUGGAUUCAGAGAUGUUACAUAUGCCGAUUUCGCACGAGCGAUCGAUGAAUUCGCAUUCUGGCUGGUUUCAGCACUUGGAAGAGCCGAUGGCACUUUUCCGACGUUCGCAUACUUUGGUCCUAGGGAUCUCGGAUAUGCUGUUGUAGUGGUAGCAGCAGCGAAGGUGGGCAGGAAGGUUUUGCUUGCUUCUCACCUUGCUUCGCCGGCCGCUCAUUUGUUUCUCCUUGAAUCACUCUCCUGUACAGAUGUGGUAUACGCCACAGAAAUGGUGGCCUUGGCACAAGCACUUGGUUCGAGAUACACGGCAGCAAGAUACGUCAAUGUGGAAUCUCCUGGAACUAGUCUGGCCUGCGUGAAGUCUUCCUCCGUUUGGAAACGCUACGAGUACACGAAAUCCUACUCGAAAGCACGUUUGGAUCCUGUCAUGGUGGUGCAUACAUCUGGAACGACAGGAAUGCCCAAGCCCGUCAUCUGGACUCAUGAUAUGCUGGCUUGCGUGGACAGAUUACACACUCUUCCGGGCAGUGCAGCGACGCAGGUGUCUGGUCAAAGCAUCUAUUGUGCACUACCUGUAUUUCACACAUCUGGCGUGACAGCCAGUCUACUCACACCCGUCUACCUCAACACGAUCAUCAUCCUUGGACCCGCUGAAAUUCGACCAGACAAGAACAUUGUACUCGAUGUACUACAGAAUGCACCAGUCAGCGCGGCAUCCUUCCCACCCAGCCUCUUGGAAGAACUAAUCGCCGACCCCACAUCCCGCAAGACACUCAAAGACCUCAAGAAGAUUGUGUAUGGAGGAGCCCCAGUAGCAGCUUGGGCGACCCGCAUCAUAGCUUCGGAGUUCAACGGCACAGUAUCCUCAGCUCUCGGCAGCACGGAAGGAGGACUAUGGCUCACCGGCGCUUCACCCGAUCCAGCAGAUCAAGGCUACUUCAUGAUCCACCCAUUCAUGUCUCCCGACUUCCAACACACAGACGCAGACCUAUACGAGCUGGUAGUAAAACGCACUCCACAAUCCGAAACAUACACAAAUUUCUUCCGCUGCAUCGACAGCACGCCACCAAACCUAGCAGCACAUUUAGGGUUCGACCACGAGAGUCCCAUCACAGAGUUCCGAACAAAAGAUCUCUUUUCACCACAUCCAAACAAACCAGGACUCUGGCGAUACAGAUGCAGAAAGGACGAUCUGGUGUUACUAAGUGGCGAAGUCAAAAUGUACGCCGGCGCAAUCGAAGAGGCCAUUUCCGCACACCCGGCAAUCGCAGCCGUAGUGGUAGGCGGUCAAAACCGUACACGACCAUUUUUGCUCGUCGAGCCCGCCACACUUUUGGGUACAGAUGAGAAGAAAGCGGCAUUUGUGGAUAGCAUCUGGCCAGCAGUGGAAGCAGAGAACGAGAAACACUUCGAAGCUGCGAGAUUGCAAAGGGAGUUGGUGGUUGUGGUUGGAGCUGAGAAGAAGAUGAUCAGGACGGCCAAGGGAAGUGUGGACCGCAAGGCAACAUUAUCUGUUUUUGAGGGGGAGAUAGAUGAGCUCUACAAGGUUUAG